AAAAAAUGGCUAAACGAAAGGUGGACUUUGAAAACAGGGGUUUUCAGGACAGGUGGGAGUCACAGUAUAUGUUCGCGGAUGUAAAGGGAAAAGCUGUGUGUCUCCUGUGCGGAGACAGCGUGUCUGUAAUGAAAGAAUACAACAUAAGAAGACACUAUGAAACGAAGCACCACGACAAAUACAAGCAUCUGGACACGACACAAAGGCUACAGAAGGUAGAAGAGUUAAAAAGAAGUCUGGUGUCACAGCAGGCUAUGUUCACUAAAGCCAAAUCACAAAGCGAGGCUGCUGUUAAGGCCAGUUUUAUUGUGGCAGCAGAGGUCGCAAAAUCAGCCAGGCCCUUUAGCGAGGGGGAAUUUGUCAAAAACUGCAUGAUUAAAGUUUGCGACGCCGUGUGCCCAGAAAAAAGGCAAGCAUUUUUAAAUGUGAGCCUGAGCCGAAACACUGUUGCUGAUCGUGUGCCUCACCUUGCUACCAAUCUCCAACAACAGCUUGUGAGAAAGGGAAACGAUUUCAUAGCAUACUCCCUUGCUGUGGAUGAGAGCACCGACACUUCUGAUACUGCCCAGCUGUCAAUUUUCAUCCGUGGAGUGGACUCAAGCCUGUGCGUAACAGAAGAGUUAUUGGGAUUACACUCAAUGCAUGGCACAACUACGGGGAAAGAUAUCUUUGAAGAGGUGUCCAGAUGUGUAGAUAAAAUGGGGUUGCCUUGGGAUAAACUUGUGGGACUGACAACAGAUGGAGUGCCUGCGAUGUGCGGUCAAAAAAGUGGAUUGGUGGGGAGGAUCCGAGAAAAGAUGCAGGAGGAAAACGUCACAGGUGAGCUGACAGCUUAUCACUGCAUCAUACACCAGGAAUCCUUGUGUGGCAAAGCCUUGAAAAUGGAACAUGUGAUGAGCAUCAUAAAAAAAACGGUUAACUUUAUCAGAGCCAAAGAUUUAAAACUCGGCAUACUUGGUGCUGAGUUCACAUGGCGAUUUGCCGAUUUUGAAGCUCAAAAAAGCAGGUUUGAACUGCUCAGUAAUCCAUUUACAGCCGAUGUGGAAAGCACACGAUCAAACCUCCAAAUGGAGCUGAUUGAGCUCCAAUGUAGUGACACACUGAAGGCAAAAUAUGAGUCUGUGUGUGCUGCAGAGUUUCCACGUUUCAUCCCCAAUACAAUGCCCCAGAUGCGCUCCCAGGCUGCUCAAACGCUCUCUAUGUUUGGCAGCACAUACUUGUGUGAACAACUCUUCUCUUUGAUGAAGAUAAACAAAACUUCACACAGGACUCGUCUUACUGAUGAACACCUUCACUCAAUCCUGAGGAUUUCCUCAUUUCAGAGCCUGACCCCAGACAUUGAUGAACUUGUAUCCAAGAUGAGACACCAAGCAUCUGGCUCAGACCAAUGA